AUGGUCACAUUCGGUUUGUCUCCGGCCCCUUUUCUAGCAAUCCGAUGUCUUUAUCAACUUGCCGAAGACGAAGGCGAUGAAUUUCCUUUAGCACGUGAAAUUUUAAAAAAUCACUUUUAUGUCGAUAAUGUUUUAACUGGUGGUGAAACCAUUUCACACACGAUUCAAAUGCGAAACGAACUAAUUGAGAUUAUGCGUCGUGCUGGAUUUAAUCUUCGUCAAUGGGCCUCUAAUAAUGAGGAAAUAAUUCGCGACAUAGAUAAAGACGAUAAAUGCGUUGAUUUUGAAUUUGAUAAAGAACAAACGGUAAAAACUUUGGGAAUUACGUGGGACGCGAAAAACGAUGUCAUUAAAUAUACGGUUAAUCCCAUCGAAUCACAUUUGGUAAAAACGAAAAGGAACAUUCUUUCCGAAAUAGCAAAAAUUUUCGAUCCAUUAGGUCUUUUAGGUCCAGUCAUUUUAUUCGCAAAACAAAUAAUGCAAGAAUUUUGGAAAUUAAAAUUAGACUGGGGUGAAUUAGUACCCGCUAAUAUUUUCACCUUAUGGUCGCGGUAUUGUAAUCAGUUACCAGCAUUAAAGGAGGUUAUGUUCGAAAGAAGAAUUUUAAUUUCUGAUUUUAUUAAGAUUGAAUUACACGGAUUCAGCGACUCCAGUGAGAGAGGUUACGGGGCUUGUGUAUAUUUAAGAUCAUUUGACGAAAAUGGAAAAAUUCUUGUCAAAUUAGUGUAUGCAAAAUCGCGAGUGGCUCCGUUAAAAACUGUUUCCUUGCCGCGACUCGAGUUAUGCGGCGCGCAAUUGUUGGUUAAAAUCACUGACGAAGUGAAAAAGGACCUCAAAUUAGAAUUCGAUUCAAUUACUUACUGGACUGACUCAACUAUCACUAUUAACUGGAUUAAAACGUCUCCUCACUUAUUAAAAACGUUUGUAGCGAAUCGUGUUUCGGAAAUCCAAAAUUAUUCGUUACCCGAACAAUGGAGACACGUAUCUUCGAAAGAAAAUCCAGCCGAUGCGUUAUCACGAGGUCAAUUACCGUACGACUUUCUCAAAAAUCAUCUUUGGUUUAACGGCCCAAAUUGGCUUCAAACCAAAGAAGAAUUUUGGCCACAAUCUCAAUUUGAACAAAUGAACGAACUUCCUGAAAUAAAAGAAAAUGUUUGUCUUUUGUUAAGCGAGAUAAUGCCUGAAUUUUUAUUAUCCUUUUCUUGUUAUUCUUUAUUAUUGAAAGCCGUAGCAUAUUGUUUGAGAUUUAAAUAUCGAAAAAACACACAACUUUUGGAUAUCGAUGAAUUAAAUCGAGCUGAGAAAAGGAUAAUUAAAAUAAUUCAGACAUCAUCUUUUGCAAAUGAGAUUCGACUAUUAUCUCAAUCAAAAGAACUUUCCAAGGGAAGCAAAAUCUUUCCACUUAACCCAUUUUUAGAUGAGGAAAAAAUUCUGAGAGUGGGUGGAAGAUUAAAACAUUCAGAUUUGCCAUAUGCGGUUCAACAUCCUAUUCUUUUGCCUAAAUCUCAUGCCAUAACUGAUCUUAUCAUUCGUAUUUGUCAUUUAAAGAAUCACCAUUCAGGAAUUCAAACGACCCUUUAUUCCAUGAGACAAAAGUAUUGGGUAGUGGAUAGUCGAAGUGUGGUAUGA